GCACUACGCACGCCGUAUAAAGACCACGAAGAACCCGGAAACGCAGUCGAGUCCGUGCGGAAACUUCAGUGACUCCGGUCAGUCGCGCUGCCUUUUCAUCUCAACGUCAACCUCGGACACCAGCUGACAUCUUUACGAUUGCCAGGAUGGUGGUGCUUUCUAAAGAGUAUGGAUAUGUGGUGUUGACUGGCGUUGCCAGUAUGGUGAUGCUGGGACAUCUGGCCGUAAAAGUUGGCAAAGCCCGCAAGAAGUAUAACGUACAGUAUCCUCAGAUGUACAGUGACAACCCAGAAACUGGAAACAUUUUUAACUGUAUCCAGCGUGCACACCAAAACGCCCUGGAGUCCUACCCCGCCUUCCUUUUCUGCCUGGCAGUUGGGGGUGUGCACAGUCCUCGUCUCACCAGUGCACUUGGAGUUGUAUGGAUCAUCGGGAGAGAGGCGUAUGCAUAUGGGUACUCUUCAGGAGAUCCUGCUAAGAGAAGGUGGGGUAUGUGUGGGACCAUUGCUCUGAUGGGGAUGAUGGUGUCCACGGCCUGCUUCGGCCGCACCCUGCUCGGCUGGACGGGACCACGGAUGAAUCCCUUUUGUGCGGCGGGCUGUUAAUGACAAGUCCUCAGGAUGGGCUCACCUAGUCAUUUACUUUAUAAUCAAAGCCACUACAUAACCUGUGUACUUUGCAGCAAAUUCAACAUUCAUAAAUCGGUGAAUAUAAUGUCACCUGACCGGUUCUCCGGUUGUACAUCUAAAGUUUAGACAAAACUUGCUGCUGUUGGUUAAAAAAAAUAAUAAUAAAGUUUUAAUGUUUAUCAUUUUUA